AUGUCUGACAAUCGAAAAUUUAACCACAGUACCCGGGGUAAUGGUGAAGAAGCAUACGUGAAACAAUAUUUCGAGCAUUUCCAACCGUCUUUCCCUUUAUUGCAUCGACCCACAUUCACAAUGUCCUCGGCGCCGAAAUUAUUGCUGAAGGCUGUGAAUGUUAUUGGAAGCUUGUUCUCCCCUAAUAUCUACGACCAUAGAGAAACACAAUGUGUCGAGCACUGGCGUCAAGAUAUGUGGCAAACGGGACAGGAAGAGAUUCAGCAAAUGGUGUCUUCAAACUGCAGUGAGAUCAGACAGCCUUGGGUCAUGCAAGCGUGGCUUCUCUAUAUCAUCUACGGGGUAUACGCAAGCGAAGCAGGCCAAUUCCAAACCGCGAAAAGACGGCUUCGGCAACUUGUCGAUGCUGUGCACGAAGUUGGCCUAUUGCAACAAGGUAUCGCUAUGCCAGAUGCCCAGGCUUGGAUGUACCAAAUUGCCUUCAAUUCACCCAGAGAUGAGUCGCAAACUCUCUAUACACGGUGGACAUCGUAUAUCACCACUGAAUCGAUGAGGCUGUCUCUGUACACCCUAGUUUUCCUGGACUCACACAUCUUUUCGCCUUGCAAUUCCCGACCCUUGAUGUCACCGGUAGAGCUUGGCUGGGAACUUCCUUUCCCUAUCAGUCUAUGGGAGGCCAAAAACCCUCAUAUAUGGCUUUUGAGGUUCAAUGAGAACUUUGGACUUUCGACCUUUUCAAUAGCCAACAGUCUGUUAAAUGUGCCACGCGGCCUGGGGACUGCUUCUCUGACGCUUGCCACUCAGCAACUUAUGACUGAAACACCGGACUCGGAACUGUUGGCAGCGAUAGAAGCAUCCCCGUUUGCCGCGUUUUGCGUUUUGACCAACAUCAGUGCUUUGAUACGAGACUUUACGCGAUGUUACUAUCAAAUGCCACCAAGCCCGUCCGAUCCGAAUCCGUUCCAUAUACUGACCCAAGCCCAGAAUAAACAAGUACACGCCGCAAUCGAAGCAAUCGCCAAAAUUGUCAAGAAGCAGGCUUACACUAGUGACAGCCCGCAGUUUCUCCUGUGGAGAACAAAUGAGCUCUUUAUCUCUUCUAUCAAGAUCAGUCUCUGUCGUCCGGAUCAGCUCCUGGUAGCAGGCAUUGUGGAUAACAGCUUGAUAGCUGGGAUGGCUGCAUCCACUCAUCUAACCCAAGGGAACCUUGUUGCAAUUCGGCGAUCAGCGCCCCUUGUGUCUCAUCAUGUCGGUGGGGACGAGGGCAUUGUGGCUCUUCUGAAAGACUUAUCGGUCGCAUUGUCCAGCAUAUCCGGAGAGGACCAAGAUAAAGUGGCACGUGAAGCUCCAUGGGUCACCGUGGCCAGUUACAAUAUUUUGUUAUGUGUUUGGGGAGCCCUCAGACGCGCAAGCAGUGAUAUUCGCCAUCACUUGGACACCUUCAACGAACUUCCAAUUACGUCGGAAUCCUGUAUCCUGAUUUUCAACACCCUCAUGGAGUCAGUUCUUCUCCAUUCUUCCUCCGAAAAUGAGGGGGCAACACGAGACCCCCGCUUGUGGACCGUGGAUCGAGAGGCUUUCGUUAGUCUGCUCGAUGAAGGCGAGUCGCUAUUUGUCUAUUUGCUCAAGACAUUCUGUCAGCGGCGAUCCUUGUGGGGAAUCGGACCUUCGAUGCUAGCUGUGUUGGGUGAAAUUCCUGGUCCUGGAGCUGGGUGA